GGCCUUCGCAAUGCUGGCAGCUGUACCUCCGGUGUUCGGCCUGUAUUCCUCAUUUUACCCUGUUAUCAUGUACUGUUUCUUUGGAACCUCCAGGCACAUAUCUAUAGGCCCGUUUGCUGUUAUUAGCCUGAUGAUUGGUGGUGUGGCCGUUCGGUUAGUGCCAGACGAUAUAGUCAUCCCAGGAGGAGUAAAUGCAACCAAUGGUACAGAAGCCAGAGAUGCAUUAAGAGUGAAAGUCGCCAUGUCUGUGACCUUACUUUCGGGGAUCAUUCAGUUUUGCCUAGGUGUCUGCAGGUUUGGAUUUGUGGCCAUAUACCUCACGGAGCCUCUGGUGCGAGGCUUUACCACCGCGGCCGCUGUGCAUGUGUUCACGUCCAUGUUAAAGUACCUGUUUGGGGUUAAAACAAAGCGGUACAGUGGGAUCUUUUCAGUGGUGUAUGUGGUGAUGGGAACUGGCAUUUCCGCAGGGUUUAACUUACAAGAGUCCUACAGUGUGGAUGUGGUUGGAACUCUUCCUCUAGGACUACUUCCUCCCGCCAACCCGGACACCAGCCUCUUCCACCUCGUGUAUGUUGAUGCCAUUGCCAUAGCCAUCGUUGGAUUUUCAGUGACCAUCUCCAUGGCCAAAACCCUGGCAAAUAAGCAUGGCUACCAGGUUGAUGGCAACCAGGAGCUCAUCGCCUUGGGGAUCUGCAACUCCAUCGGAUCUCUCUUCCAGACCUUUUCAAUUUCAUGCUCCUUGUCUCGAAGCCUUGUUCAGGAGGGCACAGGAGGGAAGACACAGCUUGCAGGCUGUCUGGCCUCCCUAAUGAUUCUUCUGGUCAUAUUAGCCACAGGAUUCCUCUUUGAGUCCCUGCCCCAGGCUGUGCUCUCCGCCAUUGUGAUUGUCAACUUGAAAGGGAUGUUCAUGCAGUUCUCAGAUCUGCCCUUCUUCUGGAGAACCAGCAAAAUAGAGCUGACCAUCUGGCUUACCACCUUCGUGUCUUCCCUGUUCCUGGGGCUGGACUAUGGGCUGAUCACUGCUGUGAUCAUUGCCCUGCUGACUGUGAUCUACAGGACACAGAGCCCGAGCUACAAAGUCCUGGGACAGCUCCCCGACACGGAUGUGUACAUUGACAUAGAUGCAUAUGAGGAGGUGAAAGAAAUCCCUGGAAUAAAAAUAUUCCAAAUAAAUGCCCCAAUUUACUAUGCAAACAGUGACUUGUACAGCAACGCAUUAAAAAGAAAGACUGGAGUGAACCCAGCACUCAUAAUGGGGGCAAGAAGAAAGGCCUUGAGGAAGUAUGCGAAGGAAGUGGGAAACGCCGGUGUGACCAAUGCGGCCGUCGUCAAAGCGGAUGCAGAAAUGGAUGGAGAAGAUGUUAAGAAGCCCGAAGAAGACGAUGAAGUAAAAUAUCCCCCAAUAGUCAUCAAAACAACAUUUCCUGAAGAGAUGCAGAGAUUUAUGCCCCAGGGGGAAAAUGUUCAUACUGUCAUUCUUGACUUUACACAAGUCAAUUUUAUUGACUCUGUUGGAGUGAAGACUCUGGCUGGGAUUGUGAAGGAAUACGGAGAUGUUGGUAUUUAUGUGUACUUAGCCGGAUGCAGCCCACAAGUUGUGAAUGACCUCACCCGCAACCGGUUUUUUGAAAAUCCCACCUUAAAAGAGCUUCUGUUCCACAGUAUCCAUGACGCAGUCUUAGGCAGCCAGGUCCGAGAGGCGAUGGCCGAGCAAGAAACCUCAGCUCCACCUCCCCAGGACGAUAUGGAGCCCAAUGCUACAGCCACGCCUGAGGCAUAAAGGAAUUGUAGACAUUUUAAGUAGGAGACUAUGGGUUUUCUCCCACCCACGCCCCAGGAAAUGUUAGUAGUUGAGGCUUGACUUGGAGGGUGAAUGGUGCAUAGCAAGAUGUAUCUCAUUCUUGAGUUUGUUUUAAUUGGAUAUUUCAAAGAUGAACUGGCCUUUCGCAUUUAUGCAGUGGCACUUCUAUUAUACCUUAGUGCUAUCUUUGCUUUGUUUUUUAAUUCUCACUUCUGAUUUAUUAUCUAUAACCUUUAGAAACUAAUCACAUGAAACUACACAAUUAGCAAAUACCUUGAAAUCUGUAUAUAAAACAUAACUUCUAAUUUCAAAAUCUCAUUUAUUAGUGUACUACUCAAUCUUUGAGAGAGAGAGAGAGAGAGAAAUGGCUCCCAAGCUAGUCUUACACCAUUCUUUACAAAGGACGACUAUUCUUCUAACUGCAGGAACACAUCCACCCACACACCAAUCUCAAAACAUUUAAUUGUCUUGGUCAUGUACAUUUCCAAGAUGAGAUUUUAUAUUUCGCUCCUACAGCUUCUGGUUCUGGGAAAAGCCAUGCUCUCCUUUACUAAAGGAAUUUGGUCCAGGUGAUGUUGCAGUGUCCCCUCCAAUAUCCUUCAUCCUCAUCUUUGCUUCUGGAGGCAUUUCUUCUGGUUCACGAUCGUCAUCUUCACUGAAAGCUGCUGCUACUGAAAGGGUUUUUGGAGCAAGAGUCGGAACUGUUUCCUUAGGCUUAUUUGAUGGAGAUGGCUGAUGUGUCCUUUGCCUUCUGACCACCUAGGGCAACUCCAAACCUGGAGAUUUUCGUGAGCUCUGUUGGGAGGUCUGCAGCAGUAGCUUCUCCCGUUACUGCUUUUCAGCACUGCAGUUGGAACGUUCCCCUCCAUUGCUGGGAGAAAGUUGUUUGCCCAGGGUUUUUUAUUUCUUCAGUGGCUCCAGCUUGUUGUGGCUUGUCAGUCUUCUCUCCUACCUUCUUUCUCUCCACUUUCUUCUCCACUGCUGCCUCGCUGCUUAGUGUUAUCUUUGUAAGAUGAGCACUUAAACGUUUUUAAGUAUUUUACUUAGGACAUACUGUCACCAGAUGGUUAGUGGUUCCUUAGUUUUGUACUUGUUUGGGAAUAGACUGUCUGCAACCAGUUUCCUUACAGAAGAGGAAAUCUAAAAUAGUCUAGAAGUUCUGGUUUUAAAAUAAUUUAUUAUUACAGAAUUGAUGCAAGUGCAUUAUGGAUAAGUUGAGAAUCAGACAAAGAAGGAAACAAAGCAUCUCCUCCCCACUCAGAUGACCACCACUGGAACUUUAAUGAGCAUCCCUCCAGGGGCUUUCAUAAACAUACGAAGUGAAUGAUUUUGUUAGUCUGUCCAUUUCUGUCUAGCUCUUUCAUUUCGCUUCCAUUUAUUAGCUGGUCAAUCUCUAUAGUUUUCCUUCCUCAACUUGAACGAUUUGGUCAUCCUUAAACAUAGCUGAAUGUUCCAUGUCCAUUUAAUUAUCAACUUCAAAGUAAACUUGGUAAUUUUUAUAAUUUUAACGUAUUUCAUGACAUUGUAUUCUUUGUGAAGCUCCAAGUGUCACAGUUGUGACCAGUAAACUUCAAUAUGAAUUUUGCCUUUGUUGUUGAUUGUGAAAUAGCAUUAAAAACCUUUAAGGUCUUUGAAACCUAAGCUAGGUAUAGUUGGUUAUCUUCCUCAGAAGCCUGUAAGUUAUUAUGUUAAUGAUUUAUUACACAGCCUAUGAGUACAAGACUUCUCUUACAUUCUUUAUAGUUAAUGUUUGGAGGCUAAGGGGAGGCUUUAAGCCGAUUUCAUCUUUAUUUUUGUUGUUAGAAGCUCAAACUCACUAUACAGCCAAGGUUGGCUUUAAACUCAUAAUCCUCCUUUGGCCCCAUGAACACUGGGGUUCUAGGUAUAUGCCAUCAUACCUAGCUUUUUCUUAGACUUCUAAUAUCAGUUUAUUCUCAGUAAAUCAAAGCAUAGGCCAACCUGUGAAGUUCUUUCUGCUUAAGAGUUGUUGGGGUUUUGUUUGUUGUGUGUUUUGUUUCUAGAUGGGUCUCUAGAACUCACUGUGUAACUGAGGAUGACCUUGAACUCACGAUCCUCCUGCUUAAGUAGUGCUAGAAUUAGAGGCCUGGGCUGCCAUGCCCUGCUAAGAAUUGGUUAAGAAUUAGUGAUUUUAACUUUGUUGUUGUUUGCCAUGCCUUCUUAUUGUCACUUUAUGUUGGUGUUCAUGAAGAUACUGCUAGGAAAGUGGUCGGGUUAGAAGUGGAUUAAGAGGAUAUUCAGUCUCUCAGUAACUUCACUACCACUCAGUGGAGGCCGCUUCCUUCUAGUCCUUUACCCGGGCCUGCACAAAACAGAUUUACAGCCAGGUGUCUCUUUGCAGGCAUCACAAACAAGAUCCCAUACAUCUGUAUUCUGACAGCCCGCCUUCUGCACGAGCACAUAGCUACAGAACUGAAGCUUACAGUAGAAGCCUUUAUAUAAGGGUCUACAUCAUUCUGGCCAUCUAGGUAGAAUGUUUAAAUAUUACAAGCAGUUAACUGUGCAUUCCUUAGCACCAUUCUGAAGUCCUAGUGGCCGGUAAGAAAGAAAUGUUCACCAAAGAACAUUUUAUCUACAUUUCACCUGCUUCUGUCUUACUCCGGUUCUUCCAUUUGUAACUUUAUAAAAGUAGAAUCCAUGUACAUAAAGACAGUUUUUCCCAAGGUUGGAAAUAUAAUUUUAUUAUGUAUCUGAAAAUGUUAAAUGUUUCAUCCCACCUAUAUGUAAAUACAUCCAGGUAUGUUUCUCA